AUUGCAUGGCUCCGCCACACACCGCGCGCACCUACCGCUGCAUAAGUAUCUCCGCCUCCGCCCCCGCGCGACCCCCGCGCGCGCCUGCGCCAUUCACAUAUACGCUACCGAUACGCGUGCAGAGCUCGGAUCGGCCGGACAUCGCUACCCGCCGCCCGCGCGCCCGUGUCGCGCUGCAGUGCGUGAAAUGAGGAUAUAGUAGCCACGUGAUCGGCCGCGGUGGUACAGGCAUGAACCAGUGCGUGCCGAGCUGGGAUCUGGACGACCCGGCGGUGGCAGCUGGCGCGGGAGGGCUUAAUCCGGUGUCGGUGGCAGGCGGCGCGCACCGGGGGGCGGUGUCUGGAGCCGGCGGAGCGUUCGCGCCCGCCGUCGUGCCCAUGUCGGACCAGUACUACGAGUUGGCGGAGCUGACGUGGGAGAAGGGCAACAUCUCGUCGCACGGCCUUUUCAACCGGCCGGUGGCCAAGUUCCCGCCCGCCGCGUCAUCGCAGCUGCAUGCCAUAGGAGGUGGUGCCGGCGGCGGGGACCGCGAGACGCUCGAGGCGGUGGUCGGCGAGGCGGCCGCGCGGUUGCACUUCGCGCAGCCAGGGCCCGCCGCGCCGUGGCUCGGAGUGGGGGUGGUGGGAGGCGGCGCCGUGGCGCGCACGCAAGCGGACGCGCUCGUGCCGUGCGCGAGGGACGAGGCGGCGGAAGGGGAGGCAGCGCGGAGGAAGCGGGCGCGGGUGGUCGGCGAGGACGGGUUGGUGUGCGCCAGCCAGGGGAGCGCCGCGCCCGGCCGCCGCGGUGAGAGCGCGCUGCUCACGCUGGACGCCUACGGCACCGGGGCCGAUGACGUGUGCGGGUUCACGACGACGACCAACAACUCGACGUCGCUGGAGCGGGAGGACAACGGCUCCCCGGACACGGAGAACACCAGCAUCGGCGGAGGGGUCAGUGACUCGCUCUGCUUCAGUCACCGGUCACAGAGAGACGGCUUGUGCGACAAGGGGGAGAACAUGGCGAUCAACGGGGAAGCGGGAAUGAGGUCGUCCAUUUCCACCAAGAGGAACCGGGCUGCCGCUAUCCACAACGAAUCUGAGCGGAAACGAAGGGAUAGGAUCAACCAGAAGAUGAAGACCUUGCAAAAGCUCGUCCCAAACUCAAACAAGACUGACAAAGCGUCGAUGCUGGACGAGGUGAUCGACUACCUGAAGCAGCUGCAGGCGCAGGUGCAGGUGAUGAGCCGGGUGAGCAGCAUGAUGAUGCCCAUGGCCAUGCCGCAGCUGCAGAUGUCCGUCAUGGCGCAGAUGGCGCAGAUGGCCCAGAUGGCGCAGAUGGCGCAGGGCAUGAUGAACAUGGGCUCCCUCGCGCAGUCCGGCUACGCCGGCCUCACGCCGCCCAUGAUGCACCCGCCCAACUUCGUCCCCAUGACCUGGGACGCCGCCGCGGCAGGCGCCGGGGCGUGCCAAGCGCAGCAGAACGGCCAGCUACCGGGCAUGGAGGCGUACAACAGGAUGGUGGCGCUGUACCAGAAGAUGAACCAGCAGCAGCAGAGCCAGCCAAGCAACGCCAACCAGUGAGCCUAACGGAUGUAGAAUAUGUACAUGGUCUUGUUGGAAACCAUUUUCUAGCUUUUCUUUCAUUGCCUUGUCAUGAUUUUUCCGCUCGUUUGAUGAAUCCGGUAACAUUAUGUAUUUAUUUUGUUUUUGACCAAUCUAGCAUGUACAAAUGACCAAAUCGUUGUGUAAAGUAAAGCUGUGUUUGCAUCAAUGAAGCACUUGACUAGGUGUUGGACCCAA